GCCACCUUGCAAGAUGGCAGGAGCAACGUCAAUACUGUAUUUAUUUGCCGUGGCUAUUGUCGGCCAGGCAUUGACACCUUCAACAUUCCUGACCACGGUUGACCAGAAGAGGCUUACAAAUGUGUUCAAGGCUGCACAGCCAUACACAGAUGCAGCUAGUGCCCAUUACUCCAUCCUUGGGCUGAAGCUGCUGGGAUCUCCUGUUGCAAAUGCAAAGGAGACCUGCAAAACUGUCACCUCCUUGGUCCGGCCAGAUGAUGUGGCGUCUCUGUACCAUGCAUCUGCUGCAGCAGCUGCCUUGGGCAACUGCAAGGUGACAGCUGCUGGGGCAGAAGCCCUCCUCGGAGAAGCCAUCAAGGACACUGCUCCAGUUGUGGAUAUUUUCCAAGCUUUUUUUGCCCUUAAAAACUUGGGGCUUAAAGUUGACAAUGCCAAAGUUGGUACAGCUUUAACAGAAGCUGUGAAAAAAGAUGAUACACCAUUAAGUUAUGGUUAUGCAUUUUUAGUAGCAGCUGAGCUACCAAAUGAAAAUAAGAUGUUUGACAGUAUUGAAGAUAUUAUUGCACAAGCAGAUGAAGUAGAUGACAAAUACUUACAGUUUGAAGGAGGAUUGUAUGUAACAUCUUUGAUCAUAGACGGGGCUUAUAAAUUAGCCGAGAAAGCAAAGAAAGCACCAACUCUAUCAGCUGAUAAAGUUAUGAAAUUUGCCAAUUAUUUCCUGAGUCGUAAACAUGUACACCAGCUGAGAGCUGCCUGUCAGUUUGUGUCUGUCAGCAAGACUCUCACAGAUAAUAAGUAUCACAUUCCUGUUGCGGUCACUCUUGCAAGUCCAGUUGCUGUCAGUCAGACGUCAUCUGUGGUGCAGGUGCGUGUGACCAACCUGAUGGGCGGUUCCCUUGGUGAUUUGACUGUGACUGCUGAUAGUGCUCGUCACCUUGGAGAUGAAGCCAUUGUCCUGAGUAAGAAGCCCUUCACUGCCAGUAAAACCGACAGUUCUCUGUACGAGCUGAACUUUAUGCAGACAAAGCCAGCUAGAGGAUUCUACAAGUUGACCAUCAGUGUGGUUCCCAAGAAAGCAGACAGCCGGCUGAUUGGUACCACUGGAGCAGAGGUUGAGGUAAAAGUGACAACUCAAGUGUCUGUAGAAAAUGUGGAAGUGGGUGUGGCAGACAAGGAUCAGACAACUGCUGCUAGAACCACAAAGCCUCAAAGACAGGACCAGAUACAACAUCCCAACAAGGCUGCUAAUGCCUUUGAGGCAGAUUACCAUCAGAAGAUUGUGAUGAAGUUCCAACUUAAGGAGAAGGUGUCUGGUAAACCACUCUCGGCUCAUCAGACCUUUGUUAAGAUGACUAACCAAAAGACACAGCAAGAGAUCAUUUUUGUAGCCGAGACUUCAGGAGACUCGUACAAGUUUGAUCUGGACGUAGGAGCACGUGCAUCUGACUUCGGUCAUCAGUCCGGUAAAUACAGUAUGGAGCUGGUUGUUGGUGAUGCAGUUGUGGAGAACCCAUUCUCUUGGACUAUGGCUGAUGUUAACCUGGCCUUCCCCGAGAAAACUGCCGAAAAGAAAUCCGGUGAGAGCCCAUAUACCAAGAAACCAGAGAUCAAGCACGUGUUCCGUGAGGCGGAGAAAAGACCUCCAGCAGUGGUAUCCAUGACAUUUACAGCCCUGGUCUUCCUGCCUGCACUGAUCCUUCUGUUCUUGUGGAUGCAGAUUGGAGCGAACAUUAGUAACUUUCCCAUGUCCAUGAGCGCUAUUGGAUUUCACUUGUGUCUUGGAGGUGUGUUUGCCUUGUACUACUGUUACUGGACUCACCUCACUAUGUUUGAUACUCUGAGAUACCUGGGACUCAUCAGCAUUCCACUCUUUAUAUUUGGCAACCGAUUACUCAGUAGCAUAGCAGCUAGAAGGAAAGGAGAAAAGUAAACAAGACAUGAAUCAUUUUAUCAUGGGGAAAUAAGUUAGGAACCAAAAAAUUUACAUUGAAGAGGCACACUAUGUUUCCAGUUAAGAGAAUUCCAGUGGUUGAAUGUAGGCCCAGGUAGAACAGGAGUGUGUGUGGAAAGUGUGGCUGGGACAAGCAGCAGCAGCUAAAAUCAUCUCACUUGCAUGUAAAAAUUGCACACAGUAGUCUCACAUUCUUGAUUAUGCAACAAAAUUAUUUUCUAGGAUCUGAAAUCAAAGAAGAAUGAUUUAGAGUUUGAAAAGAAUUCGUUUGAAUGAAACUUGUUAUAAUUUUCUAUGCACAGUGCUUGUAUGUGUAAGAACAUUACUGCUUUCACUUUUAAGCUGAUAGGUAAAAUUCCAUGUCGAUGGAAAUUUAUUUGUAACUAUUUUCAUGCUUCCACAGAACUUUUCUGGUGUUAUGUGACAGAAUCCUAAUUUUUGAAUAUGUAUUUUCUUUCAUAUUGUGCGAGACAUAUUAAAUCCCUUUAAGUGCUAAAAUGGUUGUCUCACUACCGACCAAUUUUAAGGUACAAAAAGAAGUAUCAAUUGAUCUGAAUUAGGAUUAGGUUGUAUUUAUGAAUGUCAUGGAAUGAUGUUACCUCUCUUUAAAUUAGGACACAUACGUGUGACACCUAAAUUGUGUGAAAGUUCAUAUUUACGAUGUUAAUAAUGUAAAUCAGUCUAAAUUUGGAACAUGAUAUAUUUAUGAACAUUUAUUUAUAUCAAGGGCAAUAUGGUGAGUCUUUUCAAAUCAUGUAUGAAUGGGUAUGGCUAUGGAUUGUGUGAAAGUUAGGAAUUCCAAAGUGUUUUUUGAGUUUGGAGAAAUGUAUGUAGGGACAUCUUCAUCUGUUCUCUAUCAUAUGUUUUAUAUGUUACUGAGAAGUUCCCAAAAAAAAAAAGAGAGAAAAAAAUAUCAUUUAUUUUAUUGUCAUUAUUAAUAUAAUUAUUUUCAUUUAAAUUCUCAUUAUAAUAAAAAUUUUACAAAAACA